AUGGAUGGUAAUACUCAGAAAAAAGCCGGAAAAGAAGGCACCGCCAAACGCCCGCCAACAACUCCGAAUAAGAGUGAGACGAAGAAAGUGAAAACCGGUGAGAUGGACACUGAGCCAGAACUUUCAAACACUUCCCUGCUGAUGGCCAUUCAAGCCUCUCUGCAGUCUCUUAUUGAGCGUUUUGACAAACAAGACAAGAAGCUUGAUGACAUGACUACUAUAAUCAAAGAACACAGUGAGAGCAUUGCUUUCAAUAUGACAGAGAUAGAGGAGUGCAAAAAACAAACGGCCGAGAUGAAAAGUGCAAUGGCAGCGCUAACCCGGGAAAACAAUGAGCUGCGUGAGAGAGUCAAAGGUGUUGAAAGAUACAAGCGCAGGUGGAAUCUCCGAAUUAACGGGCUGAGGGAAAGAGAAGUUGACCGGGACCACGUAUGGAGAGCGACAAACAAGCAUAAGAUCUGUGAGGAGCUGAAAAUACACUUCGUGGAGGACAUGAUAAAGGAGGACAAGCUGGCUCGGGAUGCUGUGUGGCCCAUCAUCGCCAAGGCGAGGAAGGAGGGGAAGAAGGCGGGCUUCAAAGGUCCCUACGCGUAUGUGGAAGGGAAACGGGUUACGGCUGCUGAGUGA